AUGGCCGCGAAGGUCGUGCGCGACGUGCGGCCAAGUGCCUUGAUUUUGGAGCUUUGCAGUGAACGGCUUGACACCCUCAUUCAGGGCAAUGGCCACCGAGAGACCAAGGCCACAGACUGGAUGAACCCAGAUGAGCCCGAAGUGGUGAGGAGACAGUACAAGCACUAUGCUGACGAAACUCGAAAGGCCUUUCGUGCUUUCAUGAACUCUUCAGAACCGGGAGGAAAGCAAAAGCUGUUGGUCCUCGGAGAUAUCAAAGCUACCAUAGUGGAGGAAGCGGGUAUCAAAAGCAUGCUGCGCCGGAGGGAUGCUACCUUGGCAUCCAACAUUCGCAGCACGGCUUUGCUCGGCCACAAGAACAUCGUGUCUGUACUUGGUGCCAAUCAUGUGCGCGGAGUUGAAGAGUUUUUGGAGCGCGAGCCGGGAGCCGCUGCAGAACACGGCCUGUACAUCUCACAGUCCGGCUGCAAGAAGCUGCAAGAGCGCCAGAAGAAGUUGAGAAAGACAGUUCCUCCGAAGAAGUGGAGAAAGCGGAAAGAGCUGUCCGAUUCCUCCCGACGCAAAUUGGCAGUUCGGCUCGGCUCGCUCCUCAAUGCUCAGAAGAUCUUGAACAGCUUGGG